AUGUGGACGAGUGUGACGGGAAUCACCGGUGUCAGCAUGGGUGUCAGAACGUGCUCGGUGGAUACCGCUGUGGCUGCCCCCAAGGCUACAUCCAGCACUACCAGUGGAACCAGUGCGUGGAUGAGAACGAGUGCUCCAGCUCCGCGGUCUGCGGUUCGGCCUCUUGUUACAACACCCUGGGAAGCUUCAAGUGCGUCUGUCCGUCCGGCUUCGACUUCGACCAAGCCCUGGGGGGCUGCCAGGAUGUGAACGAGUGCGCAGCCGGAGGGAGCCCCUGCAGCUACGGAUGCUCCAACACUGAGGGGGGCUACCUCUGCGGCUGCCCCACCGGCUAUUUCCGGGCAGGGCAAGGGCACUGUGUCUCAGGACUGGGGUUCGCCAAGGAGAGCUAUUUCCCGGCCCCCCCAGAAGAGGACGAAGAGAACCUGUUGUCUCCGGAGGCCUGUUACGAAUGCAAGAUCAACGGAUACCCCAAGAGGGGUCGCCAGCGGCGCAGCGUGAAUGGCACCCAAGGCCACCAGGAUCCAGGGCUGAGCUUGGGCAGCAUCGAUGUGGAGGCGCCCCUGGUGUUCGCUUUGAAUCUUUCGGACCUGGGCCGGAAGGCGCACAUCCUGGAGCUCCUCCCCGCCGUGGCGCCCCUGGAGAACCACAUCCGCUACGUCAUUGCACAGGGCAACAGCGACGGGCACUUCCGCAUCCGGGAGAAAGAGGGCCUGAGCUACCUCCACGUGGGCCGCAAGCCGGCCACCCCCGGGACCUACUUGCUGGAGAUUGUCAGCGUGGCCAUGUCCCGCCUGCGAGAACUGCCGAAACCGGAGGCCGCCAAGGACUUCGACUCUGUGGCCGGAGAGACAGGCCAAGCCCUGAAGAUGAAGCUGCAACUUCACCUCUUUUAG